AUGGAAAAUUUCCUUAGAGAAUUACCUAAAUGUGAACAUCACGUUCAUUUGGAAGGUACUUUGGAACCAUCACUAUUAUUCAAACUAGCAAAAAGAAAUAAUAUAACUUUGCCUGAGACUUUCCCUAAAACGGUUGAAGAAUGUAAUGAUAGAUACAACAGAUUUGCAGAUUUACAAGAUUUCUUAGAUCAUUAUUAUAUUGGAAUGGGUGUUUUGAUUACUGAAAAUGAUUUUUACGAUUUAGCUAUGGAUUAUUUUACCAAAGCUCAUUCUGAUGGAUGUCUUCAUUCGGAAGUUUUCUUCGAUCCACAAGGUCAUGUUGAAAGAAACAUAGAUAUCGAUGUUGUUGUUCAAGGUUUUAAUCGUGCAUGUAAAGAUGCUAAUACCAAAUACGGUACCACCAACAAAUUGAUCAUGUGUUUAUUAAGACAUUUACCUGCGGAAAAUGGAUUACAAACUAUUCAUUCAGCUUCUAAAUAUUACCAAGACGGUAUUAUCCAUGGAUUAGGAUUAGAUUCCAGUGAAAAACCAUUCCCACCAAAUUUAUUCACUGAAUGCUAUGCCCAUAUCAAAGAUAAUUUCCCUGAAGUUGGGUUAACUGCUCAUGCUGGUGAAGAAGGAGAUCACACUUUUGUCAGUGAUGCAUUGAAUUUGUUGAAAGUUUCUAGAAUUGAUCAUGGUGUCAAUUCUCACCAAAGUGAAGAGUUAAUGCAGAGAUUAGCUGAACAAAAAACUUUACUUUCAUUGUGUCCAUUAUCAAAUGUUAAAUUGCAAGUGGUUAAAGAUGUUAAGGAGUUACCAAUUGACAAGUUUUUCCAAAUGAACGUACCAUUUUCAAUCAACUCUGAUGAUCCAGCCUAUUUUGGUGGAUAUAUUUUAGACAAUUAUAAAGCUGUUCACACAAGAUUUGGAUUCACCAAAGACCAAUGGAAAAUAAUUGCUUUAAAUGGUAUUAAAGGUUCAUGGUGUGACGAUCAAAGAAAAAAUGAAUUAAUUAGCUUGGUUGAAGAAGUUUAUAAAAAAUACAAUAUUGAAGGUUGCUGA